UUGAGUUGCGCACCUACACGUAUCCCCGGGCUUCAACUCGUCAGGACCAUUGAUCGCAGAUGCCCUAUCCGAUUGGGAAUGGCCGUCCCGGAAUCCAGAGCGGCGCAGUCGUCCCGCACGAGCACGCCAAGUUCGAUAUUCGGCAUGGCUUCCAUCACAUUCUGGCGAAGGAGGAAGAUCGGCUAAAGACGGCCUUCGUGUUGUUUGAAGGCAAGUGGCAGUGGGUUCGGUGUCCGAUGGGGAUUUGCGACGAGCCUGCCACGUUUCAGCGAUUGAUAAACAUGACAUUCCAGAACUUCGUCAACAAGACGCGGCUAACACAGGGGAUGAUCAACUUCUGCGUGAUCGUGUACAUGAACGAUAUCCUUGUCUACUCGGAGACCUAUCACGGGCACGCGCAACACAUCGAGUGGACAUUGGGAGCGCUGAGAGAUGCUGGGUUCAAAAUCGCGCUCGAAAAGAGCGAAUUUUUCCUUUCAGAAAUUUCGUUCUUGGGCUACGUCGUGACACGUGGAGGACGGCGGCCGGACUCAAGAAAAGUUACGACGUCCACGUGUACGGAGAUUGACGAGGACAACUGUCUCUAUCCCUCCCAGGCGCUUUACUUGGAGAUCGAAGUUACCGAUCUCACGUUUUGGGACCCGAUCGCGAGAAGAAACACGACGCAGGAUGAGGAGAUAGGGGGAGCAGAGGAAGAGGAGGAAGAAGAGGAGCCAUCGAGUGAAGAAUGUGACGAUCCGGACUACGUAUCGGAAAGAGAAACGGGGAUAGCUAGCGGAUCGAGCCAGCCGCGUAAAAAGAACAAAGAGGAGGAAGAGCAGAGGAAGCGGAAGCGCCAGGAGACCGCGGAGGGAAAGCGACCCGCGACAAACGUUUCUCUUAUCGAUCCAUCGAUCGGGGAUCUGUGGUGUGAUCCGGAAUCGCCAAUAGAAGAAGACGAUAGAACCGCAGCAGAGGGAUCGCGAAGAAGAAGAAAAAGAAGUGAAUCGCCAGCUUCCUUCGGCUCCCCGUCCCGGUCCGCCAUUCGUCUACAUCAAGAUCUCGGCGUUCGGGCUUCGUCCCCGGUCGUUCUCUCGCCGACCCCGUGACUACCUCAUGCUUACCCGUCUUCCCGAUAGACCCCCGUUCCCCGAUGGUUGGUGUCCUUUCCCCCAUCACCUUUUCUACCAUCUC